UUAUUUUUGUUGAGCCUCUAAAUAAAAGUUAAAUUAAAAUAUUUAAAGAUACAUUUUUAUUGAAAGAAAUAUUGUAUAUUAAAUGUCUUUUAGUACUUAUAACAUGGCAAGUGACGAUGAACGUUUUGCAGAUUACAACGAGGAUUCGCGAUCCAAUAAUUACGAACAGAAUGUAUAUGACAGUGAAGAAGAUACAGAUGAUGCCAGUGAAACAGAAUUUCGGAACAAUGGAAGAAGUCAAGGCUACAGUAGUACCACUAACAAUACGAAUGGCACGAAUCAUGAAUUGAAGGAACAAAUGUAUCAACAUAAGCUGGCAAGUUUAAAUAAACAAUUGGAAGAAUUAAAGAAUUUGUCACAUCCAGAGUACAUGAAGAGAUUAAAAAAGUUGGAAAAUCAGUACAAAGAACGUUUAAAGCUCAAUGAAAUAUAUCGAGAUUACCUACAGGAGUGUGUGGAUAGAGACUACAUUUUGGAAAAGAAAGCUGCACAAAAAGAAUAUGAUGAGAAGAAGGUUGAUCUUAAGGACAAUAUAUUAACAGAUUUUGAAGAACGCCGAAAGCUUAUAGAAAAUGAGAGAUAUAGUCUGGAAUUAACUAAUGAUUCCAUGGAGAUAAAACCUACAGUUACAAGAAAACUUAGAAGACGACCAAAUGAUCCAGUCCCUGUGGUGGAAAAGCGUAGAAAACCAACCACGGGACAGUUAUUGGUGUAUAUGUUGGAUGAAAAGGACAUAGAGAAUGACUUGAAAACAAUACAACGAGGAAAACCGCUUACACCAACUUUACAACAAAAUGGUAUUGGUAGUUCUUAUUCAACUAAUAGCCAUCAACAACCUUCUAUAACUUCUGAUAAUGGAUGUCACUAUGUUGAAACCCGUAUUGAAGAUGGAAAAUUGCUGUACGAGAAACGUUGGUUUCAUCGGGGUCAACAAAUUUAUGUUGAAGGAAAGGAUUUGCCUAAGUUUGCUGCCACAAUCACAGCAAUUGGCAAUGAAGUGGUGUGGGUUAAAAAAGUUAAUGACAGUAGUAGCAGUAAAGUUAAAAUAAACAUGUCUCAUUUAGCUAAGGGCAAAGUAACAAUAAAAAGACGUGCCAAUUGAUGACUAGCCGUAACGGAAUUACCUGCUAUUAUCACUUUGACUCAUCCUUAAAUAACAUUAAUGUAUUUUAAUUUAAAUCUAUAUUUAGAUAUAUAAUUCUAGUAAAGAAAAUAUAUAUUUGCUUCUACUGUAGUUUAUACGUAUGUAUGUAAAUAGUAUUAAGUAUGUUUCUAUUAAGACCACAUUAAUACAACAUACAAGCAUCAAUAAUUGUUUUUGUAAACUCUGAUUAGAAAAAAAGAUAUGUAUAUGCUUUUAUGUUAGUUUAAUAGUAUAUGAAAAAUUAUAUGAAAGAUCUAACUAUUUGUGCUUUAUGUAUUGUUUCUAAAAAUACACAACAAAAACAUUUCUCAAAAGUUGUCCACUUUUUUUUGGGAUAUAAUUUAUAUAUAUGUAUAUUGUUAAAAUAUCAAUACAAAUAACAUAAAAACAAACUUUUAUAUAAAUACAAA